AUGACUGAUGAAGAAGCAUUAAUAUGUAACUUUACAGAUGAUGAAUACAUAAAAGAUGAUAAUUUUGUAAACCGUGUUGAAAAAUGUAAAGCCUUUGGUACACAGCAAGGGGCUGACGAUAAUGAAAAAUGGAAAGCACAUCAAGUUGCUCAAGCCUAUCAUCAACAAUUCCCAUCUAAUGUACAGAUAACACCACCGGGUGUCAUUAAAUAUUAUAUGGAAAAACGCCUCCCUUAUUCUUCUUCAGUGCCUUUUACCAAUUACUAUAAAAAACGGUUAGAGCUUUAUCAAGCCAGAUGA